AUGCGGCAUCGUGGUCAUUCGCACAGCGCAGUGCGAAAGGAGGGGAUUUACAAUGGGAAAUGGAAUAAGACGGCUCUCGAGAGAGGAGCAGAGAACUAUGUAACUGACAAAAAGCCUCCUUCCUUUUCAGCAGGAGUGACUGGCUGGACAGCUUCAUGGUGUCAAAGCAGCUGUGAGGGGCUUAGCGCUCUCUCCUGUUCCUGCUGCUGCAGGUGCUAUCCUGGUACCCCAUCUUCUCUCCCGUUCCUGCUGCUGCAGGUGCUAUCUGCUGGUACCCCAUCUUCUCUCCCGUUCCUGCUGCUGCAGGUGCUAUCUGCUGGUACCCCAUCUUCUCUCCCGUUCCUGCUGCUGCAGGUGCUCUCCUGGUACCCCAUCUUCUCUCCCGUUCCUGCUGCUGCAGGUGCUAUCUGCUGGUACCCCAUCUUCUCUCCCGUUCCUGCUGCUGCAGGUGCUCUCCUGGUACCCCAUCUUCUCUCCCGUUCCUGCUGCUGCAGGUGCUAUCCUGGUACCCCAUCUUCUCUCCCGUUCCUGCUGCUGCAGGUGCUAUCUGCUGGUACCCCAUCUUCUCUCCCGUUCCUGCUGCUGCAGGUGCUAUCUGCUGGUACCCCAUCUUCUCUCCCGUUCCUGCUGCUGCAGGUGCUCUCCUGGUACCCCAUCUUCUCUCCCGUUCCUGCUGCUGCAGGUGCUCUCCUGGUACCCCAUCUUCUCUCCCGUUCCUGCUGCUGCAGGUGCUAUCCUGGUACCCCAUCUUCUCUCCCGUUCCUGCUGCUGCAGGUGCUAUCUGCUGGUACCCCAUCUUCUCUCCCGUUCCUGCUGCUGCAGGUGCUAUCUGCUGGUACCCCAUCUUCUCUCCUGUUCCUGCUGCUGCAGGUGCUAUCUGCUGGUACCCCAUCUUCUCUCCCGUUCCUGCUGCUGCAGGUGCUCUCCUGGUACCCCAUCUUCUCUCCCGUUCCUGCUGCUGCAGGUGCUCUCCUGGUACCCCAUCUUCUCUCCCGUUCCUGCUGCUGCAGGUGCUAUCUGCUGGUACCCCAUCUUCUCUCGGCCAUCUAG